CUUUUUUUUUAACCACCGACUUCGACCGACUUGAUUCACCGUCUGGAAACCUUGCAAUGAUGUGCAUGAAAUCGGUAUAUCCAGCUGGCCACUGCACCUGCACGAGCAGGCAAACAAGCACAUGCGAGUUUACGCUUUUUGUCUGAGACACCGAUGCAUAACCAAAAAUCGCAUAGAAAGGCAACCCCAACGGUCACCGCUAUACAGUACCACAAAUCCCACAGUAAGGAACAUAAUCCCGCAAGGGCCGCGCGCGAAAGUCGCAAAAGCCCCAGCCGGGGUCGCACCAUAAACGUAAUGAACCCGAACAUUAUGAAGAGCCCAGCACAUGCCGAUUACCGAAGCCCUAGCACAUCUUCCUUGGUCGGGUAUCGUGGAGAGUGUGCGUAUACAGACAGAAUUGGAUGGGGAAAGCUUGGCAAUCCAACCGAGACUCCUUCCGGAUUAGACUUUAAUACCAGAUUGUGUACCGGUAUGUAUUGGUAUUAUAUGUUACGGAUCUGCCAGCCUGGCCACUGCCCGGUAUGCUUGCUGGGUUGGUCGAUCGAGCAUCAACCCCGGGGCUUGAGUGAAGAUGGCCUGGAACAGACUAGUGCAGGGGCCAUGGUCACUGAUGAGGCUUCAAUGCCAAAGUAAGAUGCGGUUGGUGCCCGAUUCUGCUGGGUAUAGAUCGAAGGCUUAAGCCGAUCGAGGU